AUGCAUCCCACCCCCUUAAUAAUAACCUCUGCCUUAAUUAUUAUUUUCAUUAUACUAACUCACCCCCUCUUGACAACUUUAACCCCGAAACCCUUACAAAAAGAUUGAGCACUUUCCCAAGUAAAAACUGCAGUAAAACUAGCAUUUUUCACUAGUCUCCUCCCUAUAUUCUUAUUCUUUAAUGAAGGCGCAGAGACUAUUAUCACCACCUGAAACUGAGUUAAUACAACAACCUUUGACUUGAAUAUUAGCCUAAAAUUUGACCACUACGCCAUCAUCUUUACACCAGUUGCCCUUUAUGUAACUUGAUCCAUUCUUGAGUUCGCAUCUUGAUAUAUGCACGCAGACCCCUUUAUAGACCGUUUCUUCAAGUAUCUUCUUACUUUCCUCAUUGCCAUAAUUAUUCUAGUUACAGCAAACAAUAUAUUCCAACUAUUUAUCGGGUGAGAGGGCGUAGGGAUUAUGUCAUUCCUUCUCAUCGGGUGAUGAUAUGGACGAGCUGAUGCAAACACUGCCGCCCUCCAAGCGGUGUUAUAUAAUCGAGUUGGAGACAUUGGACUAAUUCUCAGCAUAGCAUGAAUUGCAAUAAACCUUAAUUCAUGAGAAAUACAACAAAUAUUCAUCACAGCCAAAAACAUAGACCUUACUAUCCCACUUCUCGGCCUCAUUGUUGCAGCUACUGGUAAGUCGGCCCAAUUUGGCCUUCACCCUUGAUUACCUUCUGCAAUAGAAGGCCCUACACCAGUAUCUGCCCUACUGCACUCAAGCACUAUGGUUGUUGCAGGAAUUUUCCUUUUAAUUCGAAUAAGCCCCCUGUUAGAAAACAAUCAAACCGCUCUAACUACCUGUCUUUGCCUGGGCGCUUUAACAACUUUAUUUACGGCCACAUGCGCCCUCACCCAAAAUGAUAUUAAAAAGAUUGUUGCAUUCUCCACAUCAAGCCAACUAGGCCUGAUAAUAGUAACCAUCGGACUUAAUCAGCCUCAACUUGCCUUCCUCCAUAUCUGCACACACGCUUUCUUCAAGGCAAUACUUUUCCUAUGCUCCGGCUCAAUUAUCCACAGCCUCAAUGACGAGCAAGAUAUUCGGAAAAUAGGGGGAAUACAAUUUCUUACACCAUUCACUUCCUCUUGCCUUACCAUUGGAAGCCUAGCCUUAACUGGCACUCCCUUCCUAGCAGGUUUCUUCUCCAAAGACGCCAUUAUUGAAGCACUAAACACAUCCUACCUUAACGCCUGAGCCCUAGCCCUCACUCUCCUGGCCACCUCCUUCACAGCCGUUUACAGCCUCCGGGUUGUCUUCUUCGUAUCUAUGGGCCACCCCCGAUUUAAUUCCCUUUCCCCUAUCAACGAAAAUAAUCCUAAAGUUAUUAACCCUAUUAAACGACUAGCUUGAGGAAGUAUUAUUGCCGGCCUUCUGAUUACCUCCCACGUUAUUCCCAUAAAAACCCCUAUUAUAACCAUACCUCCCCUACUCAAACUAGCCGCCCUAGCAGUUACUAUCCUUGGCCUUAUUCUGGCCUUAGAACUAGCUACACUAACAAACAAACAAUACAAAGUCCUACCUUUAUUAAAAACCCAUCAUUUCUCAAACAUACUAGGAUUUUUUCCAGCGUUAACCCAUCGUUGAGCCCCUAAACUAAACCUAAUCUUCGGCCAAAUAAUUGCUAACCAGAUAAUAGACCAAGUAUGAUUUGAGAAAACAGGCCCUAAAGCAUUAACCUCCGCCAAUCUGCCCUUGAUUACCACAACAAGCAAUAUUCAACAAGGCACAAUCAAGGCCUACCUCAGCCUGUUCCUUCUUACAAUUACAUUUACAACACUUAUUUUUGCCCUUUAA